AUGGUCAACCUACUCUCUGCCUUCUUCCUCCAAGCUGGCUUUGCCCUCGCUGCGGCGGAGUACCUCAACUGGACUACGUACAGUGCCAAUGGAGUUAACCUAGGCGGAUGGCUUGAGCAAGAAAGCACUAUCGAUACUACUUGGUGGGCCGAAUAUUCCAAAGGCGCGGACGACGAAUGGGGCCUUUGUGUAAACCAAGGCUCUCAGUGUGGUCCCGUUUUGGAGAGAAGAUAUGCGACCUAUAUCACAACCUCGGAUAUUGAUAACUUAGCAAACGCCGGCGUGAACCUUUUGCGUAUCCCCACCACGUACGCCUCUUGGGUCAAAGUGCCCGGGUCACAACUGUAUUCAGGGAACCAGGUUUCGUUUCUGAACAACAUUGCGACAUACGCUAUCACUAAGCAUUCCAUGCAUGUCAUCAUUGAUGUACACUCGUUACCCGGUGGAGUAAAUGGUAUGGCAUUUGGAGAGGCAACGGGACAUUAUGGAUGGUUCAACAACCAGACAGCGUUGAAUUAUUCUCUUCAGGCGAUUGACUCCGUCAUCAGCUAUAUUCAAAACUCGAACCAUCCGGAGUCCUUUACCAUUGCACCCAUCAACGAACCUGUGGACAACACAGAUAUGUCAGCGUUUGGCAGUCCAGCAGCAUUAUCGGAUGAAGGUGCAGCUUGGGUUCUGAAAUAUAUUCAAGCAGUACUGGACAGGGUCGAGAAAGUCAAUCCGAAUAUACCAGUUAUGUUUCAGGGUAGCUUCCGAGGCGAAGAGUACUGGUCAUCGAAAUUCUCUUCAUCCGCUAACCUGGUCUUCGAUGUGCAUAACUAUUACUUUGCUGGCCGGGGAGCAACAGGCCAGAACAUUACCACAUACAUCUGUGCCGAUGCAGAGGAUGGAGCGGGUGAUGGCAAAUUCCCUGUGUUUGUCGGCGAAUGGUCAAUCCAGGCACAGUAUAACAACACCUUGGCUGACAGAGAGGAAGCUCUCAACACCGGACUUUAUGCUUUCGCAAAAUACUCUCGAGGAAGCGCCUAUUGGACUGCUAAGUUUUCGGGGAAUGCAACCGUCGACGGUCAAGGUACACAGGCGGACUACUGGAAUUACAUGACCUGGAUCAAUAACGACAUGAUUCAUCCGGAUAAAGCUUCUGAGGUGUGCGCAUAG